AAACAAGUCGCUACAUAAUUAGGCUACUGAAGUCUACUCCCGUUGCCGAGAACGUGAAAGCAAACUAUUAUUUUUUUUGAUAAUUCAGGGGCUCAGUGAAUUAUUGUAGAAAAUGAAUAUUCGAAAUGGAAAGCCAGAAGACUUGAUGAAUAUGCAGCAUUGUAAUUUACUGUGCUUGCCAGAGAAUUAUCAGAUGAAAUACUAUUUCUAUCACGGCUUAUCCUGGCCACAGCUGUCAUAUGUUGCUGAAGAUGAGGCUGGGAAAAUUGUGGGCUAUGUUUUAGCCAAGAUGGAAGAAGAUCCAGAAGAUGUACCACAUGGACAUAUAACAUCACUGGCUGUGAAAAGGUCCUACAGAAGGCUUGGACUAGCCAAGAAGUUGAUGGACCAAGCAUCACGUGCAAUGGUGGAAUCCUUUGAUGCCAGAUAUGUCUCUUUACACGUGCGGAAGAGUAACAGAGCAGCUUUACAUUUAUACACAGAAACACUUAGAUUCCAGAUAAGUGAAAUAGAGCCAAAGUAUUAUGCAGAUGGUGAGGAUGCCUAUGCUAUGAGGAGAGAUCUAUCAGAAUUUAAAGUAAAUGAAAAAGAGAAGGAGACUUGUGCUAUGGCACUGGAACAAGCGAAGAAAGCUGAAAUAUCAACUGUUACAUCAAAUAUGGAGAAAGUGACUGUAUCUUGAUACAUGUAGUUGUGAUAGGAAACAUUUAGUGUGUGGUCCUGAUUGAAAAAUUGUGUCUAGCUUUCUACAUACUUACAGAACAAUGGGACAGAUGUUUCAGAUAAAAUGUUAUUGCGUAUUUAAUUCACAGUCUGCAAAGAUUAAGUAUAACUGAAAAAGCUUAUUGUGAAUAGUGCUUGAGGUACAUAGCUACAUUCUAACAGACAUUUUCGGCACCAUAUAAAAGCAAAUUAUUUUUCUACAUUGAUGCGUUUGAAGUAUAGUUGCAGAGGUACUGGUAUAACACCUGGUGUGGUUAUUAGAACGGAUAAAUCUAUAUUUGCAUGAGGGCAUAGCCUCACUGUAUUCAAGGGAACUUUUACAGUUUUUUUCUAUGCAUAAAUUUCACCAUGGAACAAAUCUGUGUGUGUUUAGGAGUGCUUAUUAAAAGUUUUUUUAAGUCUGAGCAUUUUAUGUUCUAAACAGUGGAUGAAGUGGAGAGUGUGUUGUUAACUAGAAAAACAAAUUACACAUUUAAAAAACCCAAAAAGUGUUGAUAUGCCCUUGUCUGGAAUUAAAAAAAAAUGUAUAGCUCCAUAUGGAUACAAUAUUACCUACCCCCUGCAUAGUAUUGGAUGUUUGGUGACAAAAAGAGUACAGUGGGAGGCUGCAUACAGUGAUCACCUGCCCUCUGUUUUGUUAUAAAAUAUCUACUAACAAGAGCUUGAAGACCUGUUUCCUAUAUUUAUUUUAUACACAUCAUUUUAACUUUUCAUAAAAUGCUAUAGUUUAAUUCAAACAAGUGAAAUUUCGUACUUAUCAUCACUAUUUUGAAAUAUUUUAAGAUCUGUAUGUUAAGGAUUAAAGUUUUCAUGUUUUGUCGAUCUUUGCUGUACAUGUUUGAUAUGUUCUGUUUUAUACAAAUUUAAAGAAAUAAAUUAUGCAUAAACUAAAAAAAGA